CCAAUUGAAUUCUACGAUGGUGCCGAGUCUUUGUCGUCCGGCUACCUCCCAGCGUUGCACUGGUUCGGUGAAAGGUCAGUUCUGACGAGAUCUUCGAAGUCGAACUCUACCAUCAUAACUCCAUUCGGGUCUUCACUGUUCUCUUUCCCGACAUCCUCGAACCCAUACUUAAUCACCAAACUAGCCUUCCUGGCGUUUCUUUCUCCCUCAAUCACUGUCGAAAUCCACUCGCGAACCUUUUUUUGGUCAAUUACUCGCGAACCCAACCACCAUCAAUUUGUUCUAAUUCCCGACUAUUUUCCGACCUCAAGCUUGCAUGCCGCACCGCUGCACUCUUCCAUUCUAUCCUACAGAAGCAAAUAUGUAAUCAGAACCCCGCAGCUGGACCAAAAGGAGACACAGAUAUUUGUUUCAUUUCGAGAAUGCAUGCUUUGGGAGGUGGAGGCCAUGGCGGGUUCUGGGGCUGGGACUCUCUUCCAAAGAAACACAAACAACAAAGAAAGCGGUUCGAUUCCAAAUCCUCCAAUUCUGUCGAGGGCCCCAAUGGCGGACCCGGUUUCCGGUUCCCAAUAAAGCAAGCUGUGACGGCGGGCUCACUCGCUCUGACCGGAGACACUAUUGCUCAGCUCAGAGAGCGCUGGAGAAAGUCCAAGUCUUUAGACCAACAGAGCAGCUCCGAACCCACCUCCCAGGAUGUCACACAAACUCUCCUCUCUGAUCAUGACUGGCUUCGUGCACUUCGGAUGACUUCUUAUGGGUUUCUCUUGUAUGGCCCUGGCUCUUAUGCUUGGUACCAGUAUCUUGAUCAUUCUUUGCCAGGGAAGACUGUAGUGAACGUAUUGCUGAAGGUUUUCCUAAACCAAGUUGUUCUUGGUCCAUCUGUGAUAGCUGUUGUUUUUGCAUGGAACAAUAUAUGGCAAGGGAAAGUCUCACAGCUUCCAGAAAAGUACCGGAGAGAUGCUCUUCCCACAUUGCUUUACGGACUUAGGUUUUGGAUCCCUGUCAGUUUAUUGAACUUCUGGGUGGUGCCUCUUCAAGCCCGUGUAGCUUUCAUGUGUGUUGGUUCAAUAUUCUGGAAUUUCUGCUUGUCUUCGACAAUGAGCAAGUAACAUCUGAGCAUUUGUCAGCAUUUAUAUAUCAGCAACCAAAACUUUGGCAAUGCGGUAUCAGCAAUUGUGCAGAAGUGGUAGACGACUCCAUGUGCAAAAGAAAUUAUAUGGAAGCAACUUCAUACAUCGGUGAGCUUUAACUGUAGAGAUGGUUGUAAAAUCAUAGACUUGGUGUUCGGAAAGAUUGGAAACUGAUACUUUUCUGAUUUACCUGGUAAUUACUUUUGGUCUUUCACAUUA